AUGGGUCUCACUAUCAACAACAUCUUUGCUGUCAAUGAGGACCGGCCAACGCCCAAGGCUGUGUACAAUUGGCGCGUUUACACUUGUGCUGCUAUCGCCUCUUUCGCGUCAUGCAUGAUCGGUUAUGACUCUGCCUUUAUUGGCACCACAAUCGCUCUACCAUCCUUUACUUCGGAAUUCGACUUUGCGUCCUACGAGCCCAAUGACCUCGCUCUUCUCAAAGCCAACAUCGUCUCCGUCUACCAGGCCGGCGCGUUCUUCGGCAGUCUCUUCGCAUACAUCACAUCCUACUUCAUCGGUCGACGUUAUUCAUUGAUUGCCUUUAGUUUCGUCUUUAUGCUUGGCGCAGGCAUGAUGCUUGGCGCCAAUGGAGACCGAGGUUUGGGACUUAUCAUUGGUGGUCGCGUUCUCGCUGGAGUUGGAGUAGGUGCUUGCUCCAACAUGGUCCCCAUCUACUGCUCCGAACUCUCUCCUCCUGCUAUCCGCGGUCGUCUCGUUGGUAUUUACGAAUUGGGCUGGCAAAUCGGCGGCCUUGUUGGCUUCUGGAUUAACUACGGACUUGCUGAGACCAUGGCUCCUAGCCAUAAGCAAUGGAUCAUUCCCUUUGCUGUCCAACUUAUCCCCGCCGGUAUGCUUCUCUUUGGCGCCUUUUGGAUCAAGGAAUCUCCUCGCUGGCUCUUCGCCAAGGGCCGUCGUGAAGAGGCUAUGACGAACUUGUGUUGGUUGCGACAGCUGCCCGCUGAUGACCUCUACAUUGUCGAGGAAGUCAGCUACAUGGACCAGGAACUUGAGCGCUAUAACCGAGAAGUCGGCCCCGGUUUCUGGAAGCCAUUCUCUUGCCUCAAGAGCCGCAACAUCCAAUGGCGUUUCUUCCUUGGUGGUAUGAUGUUCCUCUGGCAGAACGGUUCUGGUAUCAACGCCAUCAACUACUACAGCCCUACUGUGUUCAAGAGCAUCGGAAUCACAGGAACCAACACCGGAUUUUUGACAACCGGUAUCUUUGGUGUGGUCAAGACGACUGUUACUAUCAUCUUUAUCCUUUUCCUGAUUGAGACCGUCGGACGCAGAAAGUUGUUGAUCAUUGGUUCAGUUGGUGGCUCUCUCUGCAUGUGGUUCAUCGGAGCUUACAUCAAGGUCGCCAACCCAGCUGGCAAGGUGGCUGCUGCUGAGGCCGCUGGUACUGCUGCUCCAGGCAUGUCAAGUGGUGGUAUUGCUGCUGUCUUCUUUUUCUAUCUGUGGACUGUCUUUUACUCCCCCACAUGGAACCCAAUUCCUUGGGUUCUCAACUCUGAGAUGUUCGACGAGAAGUCCAGAUCUCUUGGCCAAGCUUCCGCCGCAGCCAACAACUGGUUCUGGAACUUUAUUGUGUCUCGAUUCACACCCCAGAUGUUCAUCAAGAUGGGUUACGGAGUCUACUUCUUCUUCGCCUCACUCAUGAUCAUGUCCGCUACCUUUGUGUUCUUCUUCAUCCCCGAGACCAAGGGUCUUCCUCUUGAUACCAUGAACCGUCUCUUUGAGAUCAAGCCUGUCUGGAAGGCUCACGGCCAGCUUUCUCAGGAAUUGAGGGAUCAGGAGGACGAGUUCCGACGCAAUGCUGAGGGAUCCAAGAUCAGCAAUGAGAAGGCUCAGGCCCUUGCUGAUGAGCGUGAGGACGUCUAA